AUGGCUUCAUUCAUCAAACCAUCAGUCAUUAGGCAGACUUGCCUCGCUGCGUCGAAGCGCAAUUUCUCUACAAAGAUCCCCUACAGUUUCCCCGCAAUCAACAAGCCCGCUGGUCGCAGUACUUUUGUUCGAGAUGCAUUGCCAGGUUCAAUGCGUGUAGCGGCAUUCCAUGCAAGUGGCAGACAAUCAAUUCUACCCCCAUUACCUCAAUCUAUUGAUGGAACUUCAAACGACGCAGCACCUGUACCCAAGCCAUCCCCAUCCCACGGCUCCUACCAUUGGACUUUCGAGCGUUUAAUCGCCGUUGGUCUCGUUCCUCUCACAGUCGCCCCCUUCGUUUCCGGAUCAUUGAAUCCAGCUACCGAUGCUCUUCUUUGCGCGGCUAUUCUUAUCCACUCACAUAUUGGCUUCGAGGCGUGUAUUAUCGAUUAUUUCCCGGCAAAGAGAGUGCCAAAAACUAAAGCUUUAUUUUGGUGGGGCUUGAGGGGAGCAACUGUUUUGGUUGGAGUUGGAUUGUAUGAGUUCGAAACAAACGAUGUCGGAGUUACUGAGGGUAUCAAGAGAAUUUGGCGUGCAUAA